AUGCGACCCACGCCUCCAUCGCCGCACGCAGAUACCCACUUUCCUCCUGACCGCAUCCGCAACUUCUCCAUCAUAGCGCACGUCGACCACGGCAAGUCGACGCUGGCAGACCGGCUGCUGGAGGCCACGGGAGCCAUCGCCGCCGGCGGCCAGGCCCAAUACCUCGACAAGCUGCAAGUGGAGCGGGAGCGCGGCAUCACUGCACAGACGGUGAGCCUGGUGUACCGCCACCUAGGCGCAGACUACCUACUGAACCUGAUUGACACCCCGGGGCACGUAGAUUUUAGCUAUGAGGUGUCUCGCUCGCUGGCGGCGUGCCAGGGGGCGCUGCUGCUGGUGGAUGCCUCGCAAGGGGCCCAGACUGUUGCCAACUUCUUCCUGGCUUUCGAGCAGGACCUGGCCAUUGUGCCGGUGCUGAACAAAAUAGACAUGGACAGCGCAGAGCCGCAGCGAGUUGCGCAGCAGCUGAAGGACGCCUUUGACAUUGAGCCGGAGGAGUGCCUGCGGGUGUCUGCCAAGACAGGGCUGGGCCUGGAGGCGGUGCUGCCGGCGGUGGUGGAGCGCGUGCCGCCGCCGCGGGGCGACCCCUCUGCCGACCUCCGCAUGCUGCUCUUCGAUGCCUACCACGACGAGUACCGGGGCGUGGUGUGCCUGGUGGAGGUGCUGGAUGGGCGGGUGCAGAAGGGGGACAAGAUCACUGCGGCCUCCACAGGCACCCACUACGAGGUGAACGAGGUGGGGCUGCUGGCGCCGGAGCCGCAACCCACAGGGGAGCUGCUGACGGGACAGGUAGGGUACAUGCUGGUGGGCAUGAAGGACACGCGGUCAGCGCGAGUCGGCGACACGUGGCACCACCAGCGCAUGCCCGUGCCGGCGCUGCCCGGAUUCAAGAGCGCCAAGAGCAUGGUGUUUGCCGGUAUCUUCCCGCUGUCGGCGGACGGCUUUGAGCAGCUGCAAGCGGCCAUGGAGCGGCUCACCCUCAACGAUGCCUCAGGCAAGCCCAGGGCUGCCUGGUGUCUCCGCUCCACCGCCGUGGCGGUGCGGCGGGAGAACAGCAACGCGCUGGGGGCCGGCUUCCGCUGCGGCUUCCUGGGACUGCUGCACAUGGAUGUCUUUCGGCAGCGCCUGGAGCAGGAGCACGGCGCCUCGGUGAUCGUCACCGCCCCCACCGUGCCCUGCCGCGUGGUGCUGCCAGGGGGCGACACGCUGGAGCUGCAGAACCCGGCGGAGUUCCCGCUCAACGUCAAAAUCGCCGAAGUGUGGGAGCCCACGGUGGCUGCCACCAUCGUGACACCCAACGACUAUGUUGGCUCCAUCAUGCAGCUGUGCCAGGACCGGCGUGGAGAGAUGCAGGAGCAUGCCGUGCUGGGCGCGGGACGCACGCUGCUCAAGUAUCACCUGCCCCUGGCGGAGCUGGGUGGCGACUAUUAUGAUGAGCUCAAGUCUGUGAGCAGCGGCUAUGCUUCUUUCGACUAUGAGGAAGCAGAGCAGGCCCACCUGCAGCGCCUGGACAUUCUGAUCAACGGGGAGCCGGUGGAUGCGCUGGCGCGGGUGGUGCACCGCGACAAGGCGCAGGUGGUGGGGCGCCGCCUCUGCGCCAAGCUGCGGGACCUCAUGGACCGCCAGCAGUUUGAGGUGGUGCUGCAGGCGAGCGCGGGGGGGCGCAUCGUGGCACGCGAGACGCUCAAGGCGUACCGCAAGAACGUGCUGGCCAAGUGCUACGGCGGGGACGUCAGCCGCAAGCGCAAGCUGCUGGAGAAGCAGAAGGAGGGGAAGAAGCGGAUGCGGCGGGUGGGCAGCGUGGACGUGCCGCAGGAGGUGUUCCACGAGCUGAUGAAGGCGGGCAACAAGGGCUGA